CGCUUCUAGUCAGUUUUCGUCGAAUCUGACCAAUCGCGUUGCGAGUCGUGGAGCUUCAACUUCAGCGCUGUCAGAGAGCUGAGGAGAGCGAUCAGCUGUUAAUCUGUUGAUGUAACUUUGGGAUUAAGACCAGUACUUACUUACUUAGGUCUCACUGAAGAGAUGGCGACAGCACAUUCGGUGUUAGCCGCUGUGUGUGUUCUGCUCAUUGCUGAACUCAUUUUGGCUGACAAAGAUUACUAUGAGAUCCUGGGCGUACCCAAAGAUGCAUCUGAUCGACAGAUCAAAAAAGCUUUCCACAAAUUAGCCAUGAAAUAUCACCCUGACAAAAACAAAAGCCCAGACGCAGAGGCAAAGUUCAGAGAGAUUGCCGAGGCAUACGAAACAUUGUCAGAUGACAAGCGAAGGCAGGAGUAUGAUCAGAUGAGGACGGAGGGCACGAGAGGAGGCGACAAUCAAAAUUUCAACUUUAAUUUCAACGAUAUCUUCGGAGACUUUGACGUCUUUGGACACAAUCCUCACUUUAACAAUAAAAGACAUUUCGAGAGCCACUUUCAGCAUCAUGAGGAGAUGCGGAGCAGGCACAGGAGACACUUUCAAAGCUCUUUCGGUGGUGGUACGUUUGAUGAUAUGUUUGAGGACAUGGAGCGAAUGUUUUCUUUUGAUGGACACCAAACAAGGUCUCACAGCAGCUUUCAUGGUUCUGGCAGACAGAAUUGUAGGACCGUCACACAACGAAUGGGCAACAUGGUCACUACGCACACCGAAUGCUCCUAAAACUUCCAUGUAAACACGAAGCUGUAAUGCUAUUUUUGUUUGUUUGUUUAUUUGUUUGUUUUGGAAUAGUCAAAAAUCUCUUUAGUCCAGUAAAAACCUAAAUCAGACUAAAUAACCAUCAGUAGUCAUCAGUGACUACAAAAACCUGCGGGUUAAAUAGCACUUUAUUCUGGUUGUCUUAUUAAGUCUGCAUUUAGGAUUCCUCAUCACAAGUAAAAAUUCAAAGGAUGUUUUUGUUUUUAAAGUGCGUGUAAAUGUUUAGUUUGACUGAAGUGUUGCACAAUACCAAUCUCUUUCUAUUUUCUUUUUGUUUACGGCAUGUUAAACAAUUUGUAUAUCUUCCAUCUCAGCUAACACGACGCCCAAGCAAGCUAUGGCUCUUUUCAUGGGGAAAUUCCCUGCAUGUGCAAUAAUUAUCAUAAUCUCAUUGCUGUUGGGGGAUCUGUUAGCUGUAGGCUUCUGGUAAAACAGUAUAGGAUCAAAUUAAAUGCUUUACUGUAAAACGGUUGCUGUUUUGUUUAAGCAAUGGUGUUUAAUUUCCAUGUCAUUUUCUAAGAUGAUUUUAGGGCAAUUACCUGGGGGUGCUUAGUGAAUGGCAUGAGAAAAAGCCAUGUUUAAUCUUUCAUCUGUCAUGUAAAUUAACCAUAGGGCUAAAUCGUACACUCCUACAAUUCUGUCAAAAUGGUUUAUUUGUUUAUCUCAGAGCAAUUUGCAAUUUUGUCAAUUAAAUAUUUGAGCUAAGCUGAGCUAAAUCUUAUAAAAUUUCUGUGCCAUUCGUUACAACGGUUACCUCUUUAUGGACAGUCAAAGUGACAUGCAAUAUUAGAACAAGCACCUUGUGUAAUUAAUGCAUACUGUAUGUUUUUCCUUGUUUGAAAUCUCUGUCACUCUGUUCUGUGUUGGUUUGUUUUCAUAAACCUGGAUUAUGUUCAAAAAUGAUGUUUGUUGUUACUACUGAAUGUGAAUUUUUUACAGGAAAGUAUAUUUGCGCAGUUAGUUUGAGCCUGAAUGUGCUGUAAGUUGCUUUGGAUAAAAGCAUCUGCAAAAUGCGUAAAUGUAAGAAUACCCUGAUAAACUUAACUAUGAGGUAA